GGGCGGGGCAAAGCUCUCGAGGACUGUGUGAUUCUUGCUUCUUCCUUCGUUAGAAGGUUUCGGUUGUCAAUUAGACGGCUAUGGAGACCAGCCAGGAGGUGACACUGAGGGAAGGCAAACAGGGGCCGGGUGAGAAGCGAGAGCGGCGCUUGGGACUGCAGGCCGGCUUGCGAGCGGCCCAACCCCCCUCAACCACCUCUGUCGCCUUCCCGGCUCUCCGAUUGGACAAUUGCUUUCCGUUUGCCCCGCCCCUUUCGCUCGUGGGCACCUGAUUGGCCGGUGCGCGCGCGCGGGCUCGUUCUCCCUCCCCCUCCCCUCAGGGGUAGGGGUUGGAACAGCUCCCGGUUCGGUCCCCUCAGUUGCCUCUCAUCCUUCGAGGAGCGCACAAGGAUGGAGCUCCGCCGCUUGUGGUGGCCGGCGCGGGUACUAUAAUAUGGCCGCGGCUGCCGCCUGGCUCAUGGCGGGGCGCCCAGGGGGAGGCGGCUGCGAGCCGCUCAUGCUGCCACUGCUCCUGGGCGUCCUCUUCCUCAGCCGGUGCCUGGGCGAGCAGUCCUCUAGAGUCGCCUCCUCCUCCUCGGUGUUGCCCGACUCUGAGGAGACUGUUAUCAUCGGCUUGCGGCUGGAGGACACGGACGACGUCUCCUUCAUGGAGAGAGGCGUACUGCGCGUGAGCGAGCGGACCCGCGUCAAGCUGCGGGUCUACGGGCAGAACAUCAACAACGAGACCUGGUCGCGCAUCGCCUUCACGGAGCACGAGCGGCGGCGCGAGGGGGGCGAGCAGCCGGAGGAGGGCCGCGCGCCCGCCUCCGCCGCCGCCUCCCCCCCGCUGCAGCGCUGCGGCAUCCGCACCUCGGACAUCAUCAUCCGGCCACACAUCGCGCUCAACCGCCGCACCUCCGGCGUCAUCGAGAUCGACAUCAAGCCCUUGCGCAAGACGGAGAAGAGCAAGUCCUACUACCUGUGCACCUCCGUCUCCUCCCCGGCGGCGGCCUCGGGCGGCCCCAACGGUGGGGGCGGCGUGGGCCCCGAUGGCGGGCCCUGGACCGAGACCCUGUGGUUCUACCACGACGGCGAGGACACCAAGAUGAUCGUGGGCGAAGAGAAGAAGUUCCUCCUGCCCUUCUGGCUGCAGGUCAUCUUCAUCUCCCUCCUGCUGGGCCUCUCCGGGAUGUUCAGCGGCCUCAACUUGGGCCUCAUGGCCCUGGACCCCAUGGAGCUGCGCAUCGUACAGAACUGUGGCACCGAGAAGGAGAAGAACUACGCCAAGCGCAUCGAGCCCGUCCGGCGCCAGGGCAACUACCUGCUCUGCUCUCUCCUCCUUGGCAAUGUCCUCGUCAACACUACGCUCACCAUCCUCCUGGACGACAUUGCCGGUUCGGGACUGGUGGCCGUCGUGGUCUCCACCAUCGGGAUCGUCAUCUUCGGCGAAAUCGUCCCGCAGGCAAUCUGCUCCCGGCACGGCCUUGCCGUGGGCGCCAACACCAUCUUCCUCACCAAGUUCUUCAUGAUGAUGACCUUCCCGGCCUCUUUCCCGGUCAGCAAACUGCUGGACUGUGUCCUGGGGCAGGAGAUCGGGACUGUCUACAACCGGGAGAAACUGCUGGAAAUGUUGAGGGUGACGGACCCCUAUAACGACCUGGUCAAGGAGGAACUGAAUAUUAUCCAAGGGGCGCUGGAGUUGCGUACCAAGACAGUGGAGGAUGUCAUGACUCCGCUUCGGGACUGCUUUAUGAUCACGGCGGAGGCCGUGCUGGAUUUCAACACCAUGUCUGAAAUUAUGGAGAGCGGGUACACCCGCAUCCCUGUCUUUGAAGGGGACCGGUCCAACAUUGUGGACCUUCUUUUUGUCAAGGACUUGGCUUUUGUGGAUCCAGACGAUUGCACACCACUCAAAACCAUCACCCGUUUCUAUAACCACCCACUGCACUUUGUCUUCAAUGAUACCAAGCUUGAUGCCAUGCUUGAGGAAUUCAAAAAAGGUAAAUCUCACUUGGCAAUAGUGCAGCGGGUGAACAAUGAAGGGGAAGGGGAUCCUUUUUAUGAAGUCUUGGGCAUUGUUACCUUGGAAGAUGUAAUUGAAGAGAUUAUCAAGUCUGAAAUUCUAGAUGAGACAGAUCUAUACACUGAUAACAAGACCAAAAAGAAAGUGGCUCAUCGAGAGAGAAAGCAGGACUUCUCUGCCUUUAAACAGACAGAUAGUGAAAUGAAGGUUAAAAUCUCACCACAGUUACUCUUGGCGAUGCACCGUUUCUUAGCAACAGAAGUUGAAGCAUUUGGCCCAUCACAGAUGUCUGAAAAGAUCCUCCUAAGGCUGCUAAAGCAUCCCAAUGUCAUCCAAGAAUUGAAAUAUGAUGAGAAGAACAAGAAAGCCCCUGAAUACUACCUCUAUCAGCGAAACAAGCCUAUUGAUUACUUCAUUUUAAUUUUACAGGGGAAAGUAGAAGUGGAAGCAGGAAAAGAGGGAAUGAAGUUUGAAGCAGGUGCUUUCUCUUAUUAUGGUGUGAUGGCUCUCAUAGCAUCACCAGUUCCCUUAUCCCUGUCCCGUACCUUUGUUGUCAGCAGAACAGAAUUGUUAGCAGCAGGUACUCCAGCUGAAAACAAAUCACCACCUCGCUCUUGUGGCUUGAACCAUUCAGAUUCCCUUAACAGAGGGGAUCGCAUUGAUGCUGUGACACCAACGAUAGGGAAUAGCAACAACCAGUUGAACUCUUCAUUUGUUCAGGUGUAUGUUCCAGACUACUCAGUGAGAGCAAUAUCAGACAUCCAGUAUGUCAAGAUCUCAAGACAGCAAUACCAAAAUGCUCUAAUGGCAUCCCGGAUGGAUAAAACACCUCAAUCCUCGGACAGUGAAACCACUAAAAUAGAACUGACUCUUACAGAACUGCAUGAUGGUUUGCCAGAUGAGAUGGCAAACCUGCUGAAUGAACAGAACUGUGUGACUCACAACAAGUCCAAUCACAGUAUGCACAGUGAAGGUGCCAUCUAGGACCAGACACCCAGCAUCUCAUUCUUCCUCAGCCCUACGCCCCAGAUCUCUGUUUAGCCAGACCAGUCUUCUUUUCUUCCUUAGGCCUUCUACUUAAUAUGUGCUUGCUAUGCCCUGCGCUGCGCCUCCAGUGCUCUGAGACCAAAGACUUUAUGCCCAUCCUGGAAAGCAGGAAAAAGAAACAGGAAAAAGUGGUAGCUCAGAGAACAGGAGAUGGCCCUGGACAAAAGAAGAAGAAACAAACACCUAGACAAAGCCUGGGGAGUCAGCCACCCUUCAGGAGUAAAUGACAACAUUAUUCCUAGUGGAGCAGAAUCAUGUUUAUUUUUCCAAUUAAGAGAGAUCAUGUUUUUAAAACUAAUAUAUUGUGGUUUUAAAUGUUUCAGAACCUUUCCAGUUAAGCUUUAUUGUGUUGUUUGUGAAUUUUCCCAUGUCUUAUCAGCCUCUCAUUAUUUUGUUUUUUCCCUUGUUGAAAUGGCAAAUUGGUACUAGAAUGCAUUUGUUUUGUAAAGAACAAAGAUUGGAUGAAACUUAA